AUGGCCCCUCGACAACGAUGGCACCCCUCAAGACUCGGCACCCGGCUGUGCGUCCUCUGCGUUGCCAGCAGCCUCGCCGCGGCAUACGACGGCGACGAGUGUAAGCAGGAGAUCAUGAGGAUCUGGGCCAUCCCAAACUACAACGUCAGCGGCGUCGACAACACCACCCUACCAAACUACCUGUACUCGGGACCCGUCGACCGGCUGUGGGACCGCAGCGUGGUGCCCAACAACUUCUCACAGGGCGACCCCUAUUUUGUCGUGACGCAGGAGGGAUGCGAGAGGAUCUGCAAAGGCGGAGCGCAGCUCAACCCGCCGCAGACGGCCAUCAGCAUCGUCUUCCCCCUGACAGUCCUCCUUAGCCUGCCGUUCGAAUCAAGCCACGGCGGGCACUUCUGGCGCGCAGUGCACAACACGCUGGCAUCGACGUCAGUUUGGCUUGGCUCGCCACCAACAGCGCUCGCGUCGGCGCUGUUCGAGCUGCACCAGGUCGGGCAGUGCAGCGCGCGGACGCGGCGGCCUCGCAACGCCGGCGUCUCGGCCCAGCUCCAGCGCGACGCCUACUUCGUCCUCAUGUGCGCGAACCAGUUCCACAUCCCACCUGCGCGUGCCGACGUGCUGCUGCGCGCGCUGUUCUACGGGCUCGCGCGCGCGCUGUCGGCGCGGCCCGACGUGACGGGGCCAGGGGCGGAGAGAGAGCAGAAGGAGAUGGCGCUGGCGGCGCGGCUGCUCGGCGAGAUGGCGGCGCAGCUGCGCGCACUGCAGGCCGGCAAUGUCAAGCGCACGCUGGUUAGCCUCGGGACGUUCGUGGCGGCGUUUGUGUUCGCGUCGGUGCUCGCGUUUGGCGACUUUGGCGAGAGCACCACCAUCUUUAUCCUCUCGCUCGGCCUGCUGUUUUGCUGGCUGCCCAUGCUGGUGGCGCUGACCUGUGUCAUCCCGAACCGCGUGUCGCCGGAGCGGCAGAGGGAACUCUUGUCUCGCUGGCUCUACAACAACGCCGCGAUCGAAGCGUGGUUUCACCCGCCACCCGCCGUUCCCGAAAAUGUCCAGGGGGUCGUCGAUAUGCUGGAUGUCGACCUUGAGGACCAAGGCGAUGCUAUCACGAUCGCCAGCCGCAACAGCCAUGUCCGCCGCCCAAGUAGCCGCGAUGCUGAGGCCAUCGACCGCGAUGCUGAGGCCAUCGACCGUGAUGCUGAGGCCAUCGAACACAUCGACGACGGUGACACAGCCAACGGCCAUGUCACGGAUAGUCGCAAUGAUGGCCACAACGCCGCUGCCGACAAUGAUAAGAAGGCCACGGACCCAGAUGCGGGAAUCCCCUGGUGGUCCCCCUCCACACCCGCCGAAGACACCGCCCCCUAUCUCGUCGGCUCGCUGACCAGCCACGGCCGCAGCCUGCGCCACUGCAGCCUUCUCACCUCGUCAUUCCUCGCACACACCUCUCCCACCUCUUCAACAUCCACUGCGCCCCUAUCCUUCACCGCCUCCACCAACACCAACGCCAGCAAUAACACAGAGCCAUGGACGCACUCCACAGCGACACACCACGCAACGCUCAUCGCAACCGACCUCUUGCGCGGCCGGCCCCCAGCAUCCUGGUACGCGAUUGCGACCGCAUCCCUCGGCCUCGUAUGGGCGGAAGCACUCCUGUCCUUCACAUGCGAUUUUUUGACCCCGACAGUCGGGUUGGGGUGCUGGAGCGGGUGCGCGCUGCUGUACGCGGUACUAUCGGGAGCGGCGGCGGGGGCGAACUGGCUCGUGCAGUUCGUAUUUGCGCGACGCGGCGCGGCGUACCGGAUGCUUGAGACUAAAAAGCGGUGGUGGGAUGUCGGGCGUUGGUUGCCGGGGUUCAUGGAGGCUGUGGCGCACGUGGGGAAUUUUGUCGCGCUUGGCUGGUUGGCGACUAUCACGGGCAUCAUUGCCCGCGGCAGCAUGUAUACAUGUUGGUGUAGCUCCGUGACACUGUCUUCGAUCCUCGACCUCCCGUGGGGUGGGUACAUGGACCUGGAGGGCUUCGCCUUCUACCGCAACCACUUCGACGUCGUCUUGCCGUGGGCCGCCUGCUCCGGCAUCGGCGCUGCUUUGCUCGCGGUUGUCUUUGUCGUUGCCGGGGUCCGGUGGCUCAGGUGUCGGCGUCUGUGGGCUGUGGUGAAGGAGCAGACCGGAGACGGGGGUCUCGACGAUGGAGAGGUGUAUGAGUUGAACGUGGAUGUGCACCCGGUCUCUCACGCCGGUGCGUUACCUGACCUGUCGUACGUCUGGGGACCGUCGGCCAACCGCCGCUUCGCCGUGGUCGACUACCCGUACCCGCACCACGAGGACGCGUGGCGGUUCCCUGAGGGCAUCAAGUCGCUGGAGAAGCAGCCGGUGGAGAUGAUGUCCGGGCGCAUCGGGCGGACGUUUGAGGACCUGAUCUCGUUCGCGCGGCGGCUGCGCGAGCGGUACAUCUGGAUCGACGCCAUGUGCAUCCCGCAGGACGAGCCCGCCGUGCUCGCGUCGCAAAUCUCAAGAAUGGACCAGAUCUGCUUUCACGGCGCGUGCGACAUCGUGUCGCUGAGCUCGGGCGUCGACGACGGGCUGCCGGGUACCAGCUCCGUCAGCGACCGCAACACGCAGCAGCUCGUCGAGCUGCUGCCCAACGGCGAGCACCUGCUGGCGCGGCGGUCCGUCUUCUUCGGCCGCCACGAGGCCUUCUUCGGCAGCCACGAGGCCUUCUUCGUGUGCAAGGAGAUGUCGGCCAAGGAGAGCUGGAAUAACCCGCACACGGCGCGCGACGUCGACCCGAACGACUCCAGCGACCGCUGGUUCGGCUACACGAUUCCGCUGCCGUCGAGGCGAAGGCCGGCCGGCCCUGCGCGCGACGCCGAGCUGACGGGCCGGUUUGAGAAUGUUGUGCACAUGUACACGGGGCGCAACCUGACGUUUGCCAGCGACCGGCACCGCGCGUUCGAGGGUCUCGAGGGCCGCUUCGCCGAGUCGUACGACGUGCGCUUCCUGCACGCGCACCCCGUGUCUUCGGCGCCGCACCUCACCACGUCGCUGCUGUUUGGCCGCGUCGACCUCCGCGACGAGUCCGCUCUAGUGCCCGCUUCCGGCACGCCCUGGCCGUCGUGGUCGUGGCUCUCGCACCCGUCCGGCGUGACGCACACGCACUGGGCCAACGCGUGGUACGGCGACCCAGAGUUUCUCGAGCCCGGUACCCUCGUGCUACCCGAGCCGUCACCAACAGUCCUCAAACUACGCGCGCUCGCGCUCGACAUCAACAUCAACGCCUGGGAGAGCCGGCGAGUCUCAGUACUCGCGGUGUAUUGA